GUCCUCAGCGGCUCCUCUCACCUCCCUGGCCAGUAUAUGGAUAGAAGCUCCCUGUUUCAGCUCAUACAAGAGCAGUUGGACCCAGAGAACACCGGUUUCAUCCCAGUGGAGAACUUCACCAGUCUGGUGGAGCACCAUGAGCUGCAGCUGGACCCGUCCAAGUUGGACAUGUUGUUAGCUCUUGUCCAGAGCAAUGAAGAGGGACAGGUGUGCUACCAGGAGCUCAUCGAGCUGAUGAGCAGCAAACGCUCCAGCAGCUUCCGGCGGGCCAUCGCCAACGGCCGCCGAACGCUGCAGAGGGAGAUCCUGCUGGACGAGACGGGGCUCGGGCUCUACAAACGUUUCGUCCGCUACGUGGCCUACGAGAUCCUGCCUUGCGAGACAGACCGACGCUGGUACUUCCACCAGAGCCGCCUGUGUCCCCCGCCUGUCUUCAUUGCCGUCGUCACCAUCGUCCAGAUUAUUGUGUUCAUGUGUUAUGGCAUCAUGCUCAACAAGUGGGUCCUGCAGACGUACCAGCCGGACUUCAUGAAGAGCCCGCUGGUCUACCACCCCGGUCAUAGAGCACAAGUCUGGCGUUUCUUCAGCUACAUGUUCAUGCAUGUUGGUUUAGAACAGUUGGGGUUUAAUGCUUUACUGCAGCUGAUGAUCGGCGUUCCUCUGGAGAUGGUCCACGGCAUCUUACGAAUAAGUUUACUCUACAUGGCAGGAGUUCUGGCUGGCUCGCUGACGGUGUCCAUCACAGACAUGCGUGCUCCAGUGGUGGGGGGUUCGGGGGGUGUCUACGCCCUGUGUUCGGCGCAUCUGGCCAACGUUGUCAUGAACUGGGCUGGGAUGCGCUGUCCGUACAAGCUGCUCCGCAUGAUUCUGGCGCUAGUUUGCAUGAGCUCGGAGGUGGGCCGUGCAGUCUGGCUCCGCUUCUCACCACCACUGCCCUCCUCGGGCCCCCAGCCCAGCUUCAUGGCCCACCUGUCGGGGGCCGUGGUCGGCAUCAGCAUGGGGCUGCUGAUCCUGCGCAGCUAUGAGGAGAGUCUGCAGAAGCAGUGCUCCUGGUGGGUCAUUGUCUUCUCCUUCAUCACCUUCCUCCUCUUUGCCAUCUUUUGGAACAUCUUCGCAUAUGAGCUUCUGGAGGUGCAGAUACCACCUCCCCCCUGAUGAUCCCCCACUUCUCCACUUAGCCAUGUUCUCCUUUUUACAACGUUUCAUUUCCUCCAAAGUUAAAUCCAAAUGAGAUCAUUCAAAAAAAAAAAAUCUACCAAGAAUUCUUUUUUACAGAUACUUUGCAAAUCAAAGAAAUAUGUCUCUUUUAUUAAAGAGGGAUUACAGUA